GCGAGCGAGCGGCGCGGAGCGGCGGCGCCUCCUCCCGAGCCGAGAGUUGACCACCCUUGGCCAUUUCCUAGGACACACCCUGGGGUGAGCGGCCAAUGGGGAGCUGUUCCUGCUGACGCCGGUCACCUGGGAGGUGCCCAGGAGGUUGCUUCUGCCUAAGUCCGCCUGCUGAAGAUGGCUCGUGCCCAACCUGGGGUAGAGCCCAGCACCUGAGGCCCUUACCAUGGUGAUGACCCUCAGUAAAAGCCUCGACAACCAGGGAGCUGACUCCGUAACAUGCCAGACCUUCAGCCCUGAGCUGCACACGCCAAAGAAGAUGAGUCAAGGACCGACACUUUUCUCUUGUGGAAUUAUGGAAAAUGACAGAUGGCGAGACCUGGACAGGAAGUGCCCCCUUCAGAUCGACCAGACGAGCGCCAGCAUCUGGGAGUGCCUGCCCGAGAAGUGCCAGGACGGCGCCCUGUGGCCCCGGGAGGCCGCCACUGCCUGCGCGGUGACCAGCCUAAUCAAGGACCUCAGCCUCAGCGACCACAACGGGAACCCCUCAGCGCCCCCCAGCAAGCGCCAGUGCCGCUCGCUGUCCUUCUCUGAUGAGAUGUCCAGCUGCCGGACAUUAUGGAGACCCCUGGGGUCCAAAGUCUGGACUCCUGUGGAAAAGAGGCGCUGCUACAGCGGGGGCAGUGUCCAGCGCUACUCCAACGGCUUCAGCACCAUGCAGAGAAGCUCCAGCUUCAGCCUCCCCUCCCGGGCCAACGCGCUCUCCUCGCCCGACGACCAGGCAGGGUUUCACCACCGAUUUGGAGGCCAGUCCUGCCAUGGGGCGCCCAGCUCUGCCGCCUGUGGACAGACGGGCGACAUCUGGAGCCCCGACCCGGCCCCCAUGGGCGGGGGCCGGCUUGACAUGCAGCGGUCCCUGUCUUGCUCGCACGAGCAGUUUUCCUUUGCGGAGUACUGUCCACCUUCGGCCAGCAGCACCCCUGCCUCCACGCCAGAGCUGGCGCGGCGCUCCAGCGGGCUCUCCCGCAGCCGCUCCCAGCCGUGCGUCCUCAACGACAAGAAGGUGGGCGUUAAACGGCGGCGCCCGGAAGAGGUGCAGGAGCAGAGGCCCUCGCUGGACCUGGCCAAGAUGGCUCAGAACUGUCAGGCCUUCAGCAGCCUCAGCUGCCUGAGCUCGGGGAUAGAGGACCGCGGCCCCCACAGCCCCUCCGCCUUCCACGUCAGCAGCACCAAGUCCUGGACCGCCCUGCUCUCCGCCUCCAGCGCUGGCGGCAGGACCCCUGCCGGGACCCCCGUCCCCGAGCCGCUGCCCCCGUCCUUCGACGACCACCUCGCCUGCAAGGAGGAGCUGUCCUGGGAGGAGUCGGAAGGCAGCGCCCUGGACGAGGGCUGCGGCAGGAGGGGUGAGCCCGCCCUGGCCUGGAGAGACCGUGGGGCCGCCGGGAACAGCCCCUGCUCCCUGGACGGCGACCUGGACAUAGAGCAGAUAGAGAACAACUGAGGGGCCCCGGGUAGGGGUGGGGGUGCACGACACGAGCCUCCUCUGGCACUCAGUGGGCACACGAAGGGGGGUCCCCCACUCCUGGGGCCCGACAGAAGCUUCCUGGAAGGCAGUGAGUCUCAGGGAGCGAGCCCCCCUCCUCCCUGGAGGCUGCCCAGUUUCGGGGUGCCAGCAGUGCAGCUGACCCGACCACACCGCAGUGGCCACCUCAGCCCCUCACCAGCCCAGCAGCUGCGGACCGGCCGGUGCCCAGAGCUCUGCUUCUUGGUUGGGUCUUGUUCUCCCUCCCUCACGCGGCCGCAGCCACCAGCACCCCGCACCCCCGCUGGGCCAUUUCACGGUGUCCCCGGCAGGCAGACCCCCGUGGGGUCUCCAACCUGGCAGGCCUGCUGGGGGCUGGGCUCAGGCCUGGCUGGUGGUGUCAAGGCCCUUCUCGGCCUGCUCAGGUUCAGUUUUGGGGAGGUGGCCCCCCAACUUCUUUCACUCAGUUUUAUUCCGUGCCUUCUCUCCCAGGUCUCCCUGCUUUAGGCUUGGGAAGGUUCGGGAGACGCUUCUUCUGUAGUAACAUCAGAACCAUUUGACCUUAAUUCCAAGUGUGAGGGACAGUCCUGGAGUGCUGGCGGCCUCCACGUCUGAACUGUGUACCCCAGGAGCAGCCUGCCCUCGUGGGAGGCCGUCCCUGCUGGCAGGAUACUUGGUGGUUCUGUUGACCGAAAAGCCAACCCCACCUGCCUCUCCCCUGGAGGGAGAGCCUGGCCGGGCUCUGCGCUCGGGGGCCACGUGGGUGGGGCGGGUGGGCAGUGUAGCCAGGUGAGUGGAGAGAUGUCACUUUCCAGGCCACCCUCGGGAGGUAGGAGCGCUGAGCCGGUACACAUUUCAGGGCUCCUUGGGGCCCCGGCCCGCACCAUACCCCAAGCACAUUCUUACUGGGGUGACCCCUGCCACAGGCCCAGCCUGCCCACCCUCGUACCCACGGCUCCUCGCACCCCGCAGACCCCCGAGGCCCCGAGCUGCUGCCACCCCCUCCAGCCCAGCUUGCAGGCAUGUCCCUUGGCAUCUGGCUCUUAGCAAACGUGGCGUCCGCCCCAGGCGAGAGCCGUCGAGUCACUAAUGGGUAAGGGGCUCGGUCUCCCGCAAGACCCGCGUCCUCCUGGCUUGGGCUUGCGCCACGGCGCCGCCAGGGCCCUCUGCUUUGGCCCACCCUCUGCUGCCAGCGAGCGCUGCUCCCCUGCAGGAGUGAGUGAGGGCCUCACCUUCUUGCUCCUAAAGACCCCACUUGGGAAGCUGCUUCCACCUCUGACUCCAUCACGGCCUAGGGCUCAGGCCUGACGCGUGGUGCUGCGUGGACAUCAGCCACCAGAGGCCGGUGGGGCCCCGAGGUGGUGGUGAAGGUCGGGCUGGGCUGCACCUCCGUGACUCCCACUCGAGCACCGGGGCCCUGGGCCGAGGGGGCAGCCCUCCUGACCCCACCGGCUGGGCGGAGGCACAUCUUAAAGCCUGUGGAGGCAGGGCCCCUCAGGUGUUGCCAGGAGUGUGGAUUCGAGGGCAUACGCGAGUCCCCGCAGGCCGGGGCGGGGGCGGGGAGGUCCUGGCACCCGGCCCACUCUGAGGGGCACCUCUAAACAGUCCUUCCUGUGGAAGGGGAGCAGCGCCUCACCGCAAGUCCACGCCACGGGGAGGGUCGGGCCAGGACGGGGAGCAGCCCCCACGCCCUGGUUCAGGGCCGGGAGGGGACAUGGGGCCUUGGGUGGUGUCACAUGGCCCUGCCCCCCAGACCUGGUGGUGGGAAGGACAAGCCUCUGCCGAGUGGGUCCCCUCCUACCCACCGCCCAAAGCCCCAGCGCCAGGGCAUUGUGGGCCGAACUGGUGGGCCAGACAUGCCCUCUAACCUGCUCAGGCCCGCCUGGCUGCUCCCUCACUGCAGGCCCCGACUGCGGGGCCACGGCCCGUGUCCCUUCUGCUCAGAGCGAACGGCCCUCCGGUAGUUUCGUGCUUGUGUGGCUGGCGAGACUAGAAAGCACCUCCUGCCCAAAGACAGGCCCCACGCUCCACCCUCUGGCACCGGGACUUCUGGUCUUGGGCUCCUCUGACCCAAGUGGCUGUCCCCAGGCGGAGGUGGGCAGGCUGCUGGACUCGCCUGACCAGUAGUGGGGACCCCGACGGCAGCCUCACUUUUGUCGAGGCCCUGCCGCUCGCAGACAAUGCCCGUCAGCGCCCCCCUCGGGGAGAGAGGAAGCUCAGCACCAGGAGGGCGGGCGGGCUGUGCUGCUGCGCAGGGGCCCUGGGCAGGAGGCCCCGUGGGGAGGAGGCUGGCCCGGCCGCCCGCUCGCUGCGAAGGGAGCGUCGUCUCCGGCCCCUGGGCUGGGGCUGUUGUCCGCCCGCGCGGCCGGCUGGGUCGGGCCGGCCUCACCGUUUACAUUCCCGCACACCCUCUUGCCUUACUGGAGCCGGGGCCGGGCCUGGCCCAGGGCCCGCGGGCAGUGCCACCGAGGCCCACAGGGGAGCUGCUUCUGAUCACACAGAUUUCCAUUCUCAGAAAGCCUUACUUUUCAACACAAUUUUUGUAGCAGGAAAGUUUUGUGAAUUUUUACACAGAAAGAAAAUUUAAUUAAAGGAAAAGUCCAUGUUAAAACAACCCCGAAUUUCCAAAGGGGUCUCCAGGACAGGGGUGGCGGGUGGUGUCCUGUGCUCUGCUGCCCAAGGACAUCCAGGGCACCACUGCCUAUCUGAGAAGCUUCCAGAAACACACAGAUGCUCCGCUACGGGCUCAGCUUGGUGAUGCGGCUGCCCUCCGUGCCACCGCAGGGUGGUUAAAGUUGUGCACUCUGACCUUGGCUGUCACCUGAGUGACGCCAGCUCCGGGCGGGAGCAGGGGCAAGAGCAGGGCCAGGGCCCCAGCGCGCUGCUCCCCACACAGGCCACGUCUUGCCACGUCCACACAGUUGGCCAAACCCUCCCAUGGGCGCCAGAGAAACCAUGUCUCCUUAAAGAGACAAGAACAUGAUUUUUUGAAAGUCCCAGACACAGUGGAGAUCUUGUAGCCUAGGUAGCUAGUCUGACCUUCUAGCAUAGUCUCUUUGGCAAAGGAAGUGUGUUUUCAGUGUGCGGGCAGCAGUCCUGGGCUCGGGACGGCGCCUGGCGGCGGGGGGCUUCUGGAGCCGCAGCGGGCCUGCCCGCACGCACACGGCCAGUGCUGCGGAGUCCAGGCCGCCCGUGGGCCAGGCCCUGCCCAGGGCGGAGCCGCCGCGUGGCCGGGACUGUCUUGCACUAGAGCCGCUCUGGUCUCUCAGGAAUUUGCUUGUUACUUUUACUGUGUAAAUAAAGCUUCCUGGUUCAACACCGCCUGCGUGG